AUGUCGGGUUGUUCUUCUUUGUCGGGGCAUUUCCUUUAGUUUGUGGUUGCAGGUUUGCACUCGGGCUGUCAAAGACUGAAAAACUUCAGUUUCCUUUAAUGUCUCUCAUUAAUCUACCUCAAGUCUAUUCGCUUCUUCAUCUGAGCCGUGUGUGUUCAGGGGUCGGUUCGGAUCGACUGGCUUACGCUUUAUACACCUGUGUGUGAAAGAAAUAUGAAGAUGUUCUUAAGCUGCUUUUACAGAAUCAACCUCUUCUUCAUCAUCAUCAUCAUCACAUCUCUCUCGCUCUCUUUCUCUUCAGGCUCUUUCUCGCAGAUAUCUAUAGGAACAGAGUCAAUCCCUGGAGGCCCCAUCUGCGUCCAUUUCCAAAUAGGUCUGUUUAAAGAAGGGGUCAGGUUAUCCGAGGGCCGACUGAGUUUCAAAAGCGCCAAGAAAGUAGCAGCAGAAAUCAUCGAGAAGAAGGCCCCUGAUUGGAGUGUGAUAGGCCUCGGUGAGAAGCUGCUGCUGUUUAAGCACGAUCCCAUGUCAGAGCAGCUCCUUCACAGACUCACAGAGCAACACUACCUGCACGAUGGAGACCUGGUGGAGGUGGUACUUGCUGCUUCCGCGUCACUGACUGAGGUGAAGUUCCGCCCACAUUCGUUGGUGGUCCAGUCCUAUCGCACACCUACGUUUUGUAACCACUGUGGCGAAAUGCUCUGGGGACUUGUCCGACAGGGCUUAAAAUGUGAAGGUUGUGGUUUAGAUUUCCAUAAACGCUGCGCAUUGAUGUUGGCUAACGACUGUUCACGGGUGUACCGGCCAUGCGGCCCCAGUCUGUCACUCUUCCCUCCGUCACGUCCUCGUUCCACCUCCCUCAGCAACCACACUGGAGGCAGUCUGGAGGAGAUCAGUCUUUCCAAGCCGUCACGCUCCCGGCCUCCGUCAUGGGCAGACAGGCCCGUGUGGUUAGGUGUGUGUGAUGGGGCAAGAGGAGGCAGACCCCUGGUGCCACACACCUUCCACAUCCACACGUACACCAAGCCCACAGUGUGUCAGUACUGCCACCGGCUGCUCAAAGGGCUGUUCCGCCAAGGCCUACAGUGCUCUGACUGCAAGUUUAACUGUCAUCGCCGCUGUGAGUCUCAGGUUCCACCAGACUGUAGAGGAGAGCGAGCCAACGGAGAAGAGAGCAACUCGCACCAGGAGCCUGAAUCUGAGGAGGACAGAGCUGUGGUAACAGUCAACGCUAUUUAUGGAGAGUAUCCAUUUAAAGCGCGCCCUCAUGUGGGGGAGGAGCCUUCGGAGCAACCACCGAUCGGUCCCUGUUUCAGCAGCAAUAUCCCCUUGAUGAGGGUGGUGCAGUCGGUUAGGCAGACUAAGAGGCGAUCCAGUGGCAUACUGAAAAAUGGCUGGCUGUUGCACCAUACCGAUGUAGAUACACUGAGAAAAAGGCACUACUGGAUUCUGGAUGGAAAAAGCAUCACAAUGUACCAGAACGAGAACAGCAACAAGUACUACAAGGAGCUGCCUCUGUCUGAAGUGCUGCAGGUUCGAGGCUCGUCUCAGCUUACUGUUCCCGUGGAGGAGGAUGAUGCUGGUCAUUCGUUCGAGCUGCAGACGAGUUCGGUCGUCUAUUGCGUGUUCGCAGGUGCAGAAGGAGCUGCCUGGGAGUCGGCCAUCAGGCUCGCACUUAUGCCUUUACAGAGCCUCAGCCUUGACACAGCACAGCCCGCAGAUGAUCGAGUGAUCUGUCAAGAAAUCCAGGAUAUUAGUUUGCUGUAUCAGAUAUUCUCGGAUGAAGUGCUGGGAUCAGGACAGUUUGGAGUGGUGUACGGAGGCACUCACAGGCAGACGGGUCGACUGGUGGCUAUUAAGGUCAUUGAUAAAACUCGCUUCCCAGCCAAGCAGGAGAGACAGAGCAAAAACGAGGUGGCCAUCCUGCAGAGUCUGUCCCACCCUGGGGUCAUCAUACUCGAAGGCAUGUUCGAGACUCCCGAUCGCACUUUCGUUGUCAUGGAGAAGCUCCAUAGCGACAUGCUGGAGAUGAUUCUGUCCAAUGAGAAUGGACGACUUCCUGAGCGCAUCACUCGCUUCCUUGUUAUGCAGAUUUUGGAGGCUCUGCGCUACCUGCAUAUGAAACACAUCGCUCACUGUGACCUUAAACCUGAGAAUGUGCUGCUUGCCUCACCAGAUGGUCUACCUCAGGUGAAACUGUGCGACUUUGGUUUUGCACGGAUCAUCGGUGAGAAGUCAUUCCGGCGCUCUGUGGUGGGCACGCCGGCGUAUUUGGCCCCCGAAGUGAUUAGCAGCAACGGCUAUAACCGCUCACUCGACAUGUGGGCUGUUGGGGUGAUCCUGUAUGUCAGCCUAAGCGGCACAUUUCCCUUCAACGAGGAUGAGGACAUUAACCAACAGAUCACUAACGCUGCCUUCAUGUAUCCUCGGCACCUCUGGGCCCUCAUUUCUCUGGAGGCGGUGAGUCUGAUUAAUAACCUGCUGCAGGUGGUGGUUCGGCGCAGGUUCAGUGUGGGGAAAGCGAUGGGACAUCCCUGGCUCCAGAACUUCCAGCUGUGGUGUGACCUGCGUCAGUUUGAGCAACGUCUGGGCCGCCGUUACCUCACUCAUGAGUCAGAUGACGAGCGGUGGAGAUGUCACGCUCAGGAGAAAGGCCUUAGCCUGCCUCCUCAUUUACAGAUAGAACAGGGACACUAACACACGCACACACAUACCGUACAGUGGAUGCUUCAGUUUAAUCAUGACGUGUGACUGGUGUGUGUGUGUGUGUGUGUGUGUGUGUGUGUGUGUGUAGACUGUACAGACCCCCAUUGCCCUGAUGUGAUAUCACUGUACAUUUUAUACACACUGACUAUUUUUAUUAAAAUAAAACAAACUGUAGAGUCUGUGCCUUGUUUAUGUUUUACGUAUGUAAAGCAAGGACAUAACUUAUAACAUGGUAACAUGCAUCAGGAAGUCUACACUUUCAUGUACGCUUUAUUACCUGUCGUAAAUAGUGUGCUGAGACACUAUUUACGACAGGUUUCAUUAUCUUCAUGUAUACUAUACGUCAUCAGGGAUUUAUUUCCCUUUAGCUGUUAUAAAGUGCUCAACAUGCCUGGGUAGAUUUCCACUAGAUUUUAGAGCAUGGCAGUUCAUUCGGCUCCAAAAGGCUACAGUUCUGAUUCAGGGCUCUGUGCAGGACAUUCGCGUUCUUCUGCUCCAACCUGAACAUACCGUGUCUUCAUGGAGAAAUCUUAGUUGCAGUAAAGGGAAAUUGUAAUGCUAUAGUGCACAAAGACGUUCCAUAAAAUUGUGGUAGAAGUCUGGGAUACAUUAAAUUUGUAUACAUACUUUUUCACCAUAUUGUGUACAUCCACAGUACAAACUGUAGCAUCUACAUAUUAAAAUUAAAAUGUAUUUGUCACGUGUACCUUAUGGCAUGGUGAAAUGAUUUUACCAAUCAGAUAGGGUUAAGGGCCUUUCUUAAGGGCUUAACAUUGGCAACUUGGCAGUGCUUCAAACCCCUGACUUUCUGAUUAGUAAGCCAUAACUUUUGCCUAGGUGUCACGUUAAGGUUUACAAUUAACACCAGGUAGCACCUAACUAAAAUGUUUUAAUUUCCUACAAAGCAAAUUUCUUGCCAUACUUUUUUU